UUUUCAAUAUUUUCCUGACAGAUCGAGCGCUUACAGAACAUUCAUCUGCGACGGGCCUACGAAGCACAAAAGAAGCACAUAGCCUUUAAGAAUGCAACACUUGGAGGAGAAAGGGAAAAGACUCUUUACCAUGGGACAACCCACGAAAACUGUAACUCCAUCAUGAAAACUGGGUUCAACAGGCGCUUCGCAGGACAAAAUGCGACGGUAUAUGGAGAAGGAACCUACUUUGCUGUAAAUGCGUCCUACUCAGCACAAAGCACUUACUCCAAGCCAGGUGCUGACGGCUCUCAGCUGAUGUUUAUGGUUCGGGUUCUCACUGGCGUCUACGCUCAGGGUCAAAAAGGAAUGAAGGUGCCUCCACCACGCAACGCCCAACAACCCAAUGAGCGCUGUGACAGCGUGGUGGACGAUAUAAACAACCCCAGCAUGUAUGUUGUGUUCCAUGAUGACCAAGCCUAUCCAGAUUAUCUGAUCACCUUCAACCCAGCCCCAAGCUCAGAGCCCAGCCCCAAGCUCAAAGCCCAGCACCAAGCUAUCAGAGUCCAGCUCCAACCUCAGGGCCCAGCACCGAGCUCUCAAAGUCCAGCUCCGAGCUCUCAAAGUCCAGCACCGAGCUCUCAAAAUCCAGCACCGAGCUCUCAAAGUCCAGCACCGAGCUCUCAAAGUCCAGCUCCGAGCUCUCAAAAUCCAGCACCGAGCUCUCAAAGUCCAGCACAGAGCUCUCAAAGUCCAGCACCGAGCUCUCAAAGUCCAGCACAGAGCUCUCAAAGUCCAGCACCAAGCUCUCAAAAUCCAGCUCAGGCUCCAGCUCCAAGCUCAGAGCAUGGCUCCAAGCUCUCAAAGUCCAGCUCAGGCUCCAGCUCUAAGUUCAGAGCAUGGCUCCAAGGUCUCAGAGUCCAGCACCAAGCUCAGGGUACAGUUCCAAGCUCCCAGAGCCCAGCUCCAAGCUCAAAGCCCUAAGCUCUCGGCCUCCAAAGGUCUUGCUUCCUAAGGCUGAAAAGGAAAAUUUACAGUGAGGUGAGAGUAGGGAUGGAUUUAGAUUUUAUGGCUUUAUGCCAAACCAGUGCUUGAAAGGUGGGGGGAACCUAGGUAUUAAGUAUUUUGCUUGUUUGUAAUCAAGUGCUUUAGAAAAGAAGACUGGUGAUUGAUUAUAAUGGUUCUGGUCUCUAAAGGGUGAAACAGGUGCUUAAAAAAUGGAAAAAAAAAGAAAAAAAAAA